CAUGUGUCAGUGCACAAUCACACCCCACUCCUUCCACUCAUAACAUCACUCUAAGUUCUAAUUAUUUUAAUGUUUCUCACAUGGUGUCCUCUCACUCCAGCCUUUUAAAUCUACUUUAUCCAGUGAAAUAUUUUUUUGGAACAAAUAUGACGCAAAUGAUUAGUUUCCCUUAAGUCCAAACAAAUCAAAUAUUAGGUAACCCCUACUCAAUGUUUUUUUAAAUAAAGAAAUACACAGUACUGUAUCUAUAAAGAUAUAAUCAAUUAAUAAACUUACAUGUUUUAUAAAAUGGGUUUGUAAUUUAUUGUAUCUUUUCUGGACUUCUUAACAGCUGAGUGACAUCAUAGUUCUCAGUGGUUUGCUGACCCACAAAAAUAAUGAGGUUCAUUAAAGAGGAGUCCAAACAAAUACAGUCAAACCUGUCUUAGCGGCCACCUUUAUAGAAGGGCCACCUUCCUAUAGCAGCCACUGAAAAAUCCCCCGCAGCAAAUUUACGUUAUAGACCCUGUGUAUAGCAGUCACCUGUCCAACGCGGCCACCCAUUUUGUCUCCCUUGGUCAAUAUCUGACUGCAUAUAGCAGCCAAAAUACCAACUCAAGUAGAAGCUUCAUGCACGAAAAAGUUUGGUUUUUCAAUCAAUGAAGCCGUCGUGUGUAGACUUUAAUUACUGAGUCCUAGCUCAGUCACAAUCAUUCACAAGAUCCACACAAACUGUCAGUUGUUCCACAUAAAAAAGCCGUCUUCUUUUGAGCUUGCUAUUUCCUGGUCAAACAUGUAACUUUAAGAGCAUUUGCACCAAAACAUUACCGCAAAUUAGGCUGGGAACAGGACGUGCUCCCAGCAACGCUACAAUAAAAAAAAAAAAACAUAUGCUAGCAUGCAUGCGGGAGAAAAACUGAGUUCGGUUGUACGUAAUUGAAGUAUUUUAGAAUGUACUCACGUUAUUUUUCAUCAAUCCUCAUCCACAAAUCCAUCAAAGUCCUCAUCUUCUGUAUUCGACACAAAAAAGCCGUCUUCUUUUCCGUUCGCUACUAGUCUGUUAACUUGUCAGUGUUAUUCAGCUCCGAAGCAAAGAAGGAAACUUAUACUGUUGCUUCUGCCACCUUUAUUUAUUGAACGCGGCCACCAGACAGCAGCUCAGAACACACACACACACACACAUCUCUCAGCAUUGUCUCUCCUUCCUGCUUGCCCACAAGGCAAAGGUUAAACAAGCCCCACUACAUAGCUGUCCAGGCAAUGCCUGUAAGAAGUGACACCGUUUAUUUCCUGGUGUGAGUCAUUGUGCACAAUGUGUGUCAAUACUGUAAUGCUGCUUGUUGUGGGGAAGGAGAGACUCACGUCACCGAUGCACUUUAAUGGCUUUAUUAACAGCGGAGAACACUACAGGACUUUACAUCCACGCCAACAUAAACACACUUCCCAACUCUCUCGAAACUCACAGCUAGCACUGAGCCUAGCUCUCCUGCUCGGGACGCCCACCGUCACUUCCCGUCACUUCCCGUCACUUCCCGAUGAACGAAAGCUGUAAUGACACUCAAUAAAUAUUAAAAACAAGCGUAAGACAUUACUAGCACAGCUUUGUUCUGUGGGUCGUGGAUAUAUUCUAUCAGUUAUUAUUAAGCCUCUAGCUUUCUUUUAGUAAGUAAAAACCUUGGCUAUGAUUGCACUACUUUGUCAUGUAGACCUACAAAGUACACUUGGAAGAACAAGAGGUGAAUAAAUGUAUUGCAACUGAUGUGAAACUGAUGAGGGGUAGGAUUAAAUAAGCUUUGCUUCUUCCUACUCCUUUUUGGACAUGCAAAAUUGUGAAUUGUACUAUGUGAUGUGCUGCUGUUUGACUCAUAUGCAUGUUCAGGAUGAAUUAAAACCAUGAACCAUGAUAAUAACAAGCAUAGUAGUGCUGUACAACUUUUAUCCGCAGUCCGCAGUGCCCUCUACUGGUCAACAUUAUUAUUAUUUUUUCCCUUUUUUUUCUUUUUUAUUCCUCUACUAGUCAACAUUCAAACUGGAUGCCAACCUGUUUAUAGAGGCCACCUGUCUAUAGCGGCCACUUUUGCAAACUCCCUCUAGUGGCCGCUAUAGACAAGUUUGACUGUACUGUAAAAAAGAAAUUAAUAUUUAUGCACAAAGGUACAAAACAGUGUGGGACAAAAGGGAAUUUGAGAGCAAACAAAAGCCACAAACCAACAAAAUAAGACAAAACAAAAUAGACAGGAGCUAGGGUAUGAAAUCGUGCGUGAGAGACAGGGUGCACUUAUUAGUGCAGACCUGCCAACAUGUUGGUACUCGGCAUCCAUUUUGACCCCUCAAUACGCUUGUAUGAUUAGCUGCAGUACUUUGUAUUGAAUAAGCUGUAUGUUAAGAGUUGGAUGACAUCAUAAAUGCGUUGUUACAGAUUGUUUGCCAGGCGAUAUCUGUCUAAAUCUGAAAGUCUGAAGUCCAUUUGUCUGUUGGUUAUGAAGUGAUGGUGUUGUUGUUUUGGUGAUUUUUCUAUCAAUAAAUAUUGUCCACAGAAACCAAGUUGUUUUUUUGUCUAUUUAAUUUUCAAAGCUUUGAAAAGGCACAAAUCAAGCAGAGGACCUACAAAGUUUCUGUCUACUGGAGAGUGCGAUGAGAAAAAGAAACCAGGCACCACCAGGAUAUACGCCUGGCUGGCCUACCCUGACCAACUGCAGGGACAGUGGAAUAGAUAUAGUGUCAGUCAUAUGAGGACUGUUACUUUAGACCAGUGGUUCUCAAUUAUUUUCUCUCAUGCCCCCCCCCCCAGUGGACAGAAAUGUUUUCACGCACGCCCUCCCCCUGAUUUCAAAUCCUAUUGAGAAACUGAUAUCUAUAUAUUUAUCUGUACUGUACAGACUGAACUCAAAACUGAAAAUAGGAAAAUGCAGCAAAAUACAAGCGUAUUCAAGAGUCAAUGUUGCAUGUUGAGUACAAUACAUUUGUACAUGUUAGCAGGUCUGCCCCACUAUUUGAGAAGCACUGCUUUAGACAAAACUUGUUAAAAAAAAAAAAGAUGACUAAAAUAUUGAUUUUGCUAUCACGACCCCCCAUAUACUAAAAUCUUGGAUAGAGAGGAUAGGUGGUUUGAAAGGGGAGUGAAGGAAGCCAUCUAUAGCCCCUUUUCCACCAAAUGGCCAGGAACCUUUACUUCCUGGAAUUGUAUUUUGGUCCUUUCAAGCAUUACCACAACUUCCUUCCUGGGCGCAUUGAUUUCACAUAGCAACAUAGAAACGAGUGCCUACACCUAGCAUUAACUUUUCCAAACUCAAAAAUAAAAACACAGCAGCAGUGGCAGGAGCUCCAUUAUGUAGCCUUACCUUUAGCCUGUAUGGAGCCUUACCUGUUCUCCUUGAUCUUCAUCAUCUUCUUCGGGUUGUUCUUCCCUUUAUGAGUGGUCUGAGGCUUGUGACAGCACGCGGCACUGACACUUUGCGGGUGAGUGUGUGGCAAGGUAUCGGUGCGGGCAGUGCGAAAUAGGUGGUUUACAUUGCUGCUGCAACCCGGAUAGGGGUGAGGUUUGAGGAGGUGAGUUUGGGGAUGCCAGCCAGUGCGGCAAGUGUACGUUGGUAAACCCUCAUUCCCUCUGCCUUAAGAGCUGCACUGAAAGCUAGGUUGACAGUCCUGGUUUUUGGCCCAACCGUCAGCACUCUCGUCUCCCAUUCCGAACGUCCUGUGUUCCAACCCUGGCGCGGGCAGUGUGAACCAGGCGGGUUACAAUGGCUUUGCAGAGUUGUGUACAGAUCCUUGCAACAUGGGGCUGUGCAUUAUCAUGCUGCAACAUGAGAUGAUGGUCCUGGAUUCAUUCACCUGUGUUCAUUGUCCAUAACAUAACCCCCUUGCCACCAUGGCCCACUCAAUCCACAACGUUGACAUCUGCAAACUGUUCACCACAUGACCGCCAUCUCCCCUGUACAGUGAAAACCAGGAUUCACCCCUGCAGAGAGCUUCUCUCCAAAGGGCCAGACUCCAUCGAAUGUGAGCAUUUGCCCACUCAAGUCAGUUAAAAUGGCAUACUGCACUCAGGUCGAGACCCUGAUGAGGAUGACAAGCAUGAAGAUGCGAUUUUUGACACUUUGUGCAGAAAUUCUUUGGUUUUUCAAAUUGAUUGUUGCAGCAGCUGUUUGGGUGACUGGUCUCAAGACAUCUUGGAGGUGAAGAUGCUGGGUGUGGAGGUCCUGAGCUGGUGUGGUUUCAUGUGGUCUGUAGUUGUGAGGCCGGUUGGAUGUAGAGCCAAAUUCUCACAUUUGGAGACUGCUUAUGACAAAUGAACAAUGUGGCCCAGGUCAGCUGGACCAGAUGGACAACUGUCCAUUGAGGAAGUCACCAUGAUAUUUCUUCUGAUACAUGGACCACAUAGUGCUUGAUAUGACAGCUAUGUGUGUCCUAUAUGAGGGCUUAUUCAACCUAAGGGGAGGUAGGAGGACCAGGAAGAAGGUCGGUGGCAGACACAGUUUCCAAGUCCUGAUUGGCCUGCUCCGUCUGGCAGUUGGUCUGAGGAUGAUGACCUGAAGACAGACUGACAGAAGCACCGAGCCCCUUAAAAAAAGCCUUCCAGACAUGGGACACGACCUGUGGGCCCCUGUCAGAAACCAAGUCCAAAAUUAGUGGAGCCGUGAGUGCUGAAUCGUGAAUGUGUGUGUAACCUUGGUCUUAUAAUGCUGACAUUCUUUGCACUUUCCCAUAUUUAAACCAAAGGGUUUAAAUAAUCAUUCUGUCAUUCUCUUUUCAUUCAUGUUUUUACAUACCAUAUGCCUGGUGGCCAACAAACCAGUCAAGGGUUCCCCUGGUUUUGUCGUCUAUCAAGUUUAUGUGCCCACCAAUGGAAGCAUGUUGUUUGUUGUCAAACAGUCUACCAUGGGCUACAGAAAACGUGCGCCAGCAAACAACGCACUGCGCUUUGUAGGCAGUAUGCAGGGCACUCUUUCUAGCCACAUAUUUUCCUUUUUUCAUUGGAAUCUGUAUUUUUGUAUCUUUUUCUUUUUUUUCCCCUCUAAGUAUUAAGGUUGCUUCUCGUAUAGGUGUACCGUUUUGGCCGUGUCCAAGAUCUGUGAAACACUGCCACCCCUUUUUUUGUUGUCGGUUUUUGUUUUCCGGUAUCUUUGCAAACUCUUGACCAACGAGAUGACCCGCUAAUACAGGACACUGUCCCGUUUAAAUAGUUAACAAUAAAUUUCCCAUACAGUGUAUCUUAACUUUCAUUAAAACAAACAAACAAAUGAAAAAAAACAAAGCAAACUGGUGCUACAGGUGACAAUGGUGACGGUAUGCAUGCUUGGGCCACAGCAAUCUGCGAGUACAGUGGUGUAGCACAUUGACAGUAGGCAUUUGCAUUAGAAAAUCUGAUCCUUUGUAUAUGUAUAUUGGGGCAAGCAGAGAGAAUAAAAAGUCUAAAAAGAUCGGGGAGGGGGAAAAAAGAGAGCUCGACAGUCAUAAAGCUGUGGCAAUGGUGGUGAUUGGGCUGUGUACCUGGUUCUGUUGACACAUAUAUACUACAUUUAAUUGAGUGAUAACAAAAGAUUAUUAAAAAAACAGCAACAUGAAUAAUAAUAAACACACAAACAAACUUGACAAGACCACCGGUAUGAAAUCAGAGGGCCAGCUUUGAGCUGGGUAAAAAGCUACUUGGCAAACAGGAAGUAAUACAGUCAUGGAAAAAAUGAUUAGACCACCCUUGUUUCUUCAGUUUAUUGAUCCAUUUUAAUGUCUGGUACAACUAAAGGUACAUUUGUUUGGUCAAAUAUAAUGAUGGUAAAAAAAAAUACUGUAUAGCUCAUAAUAGUUUAAUUUAAGAGCUGAUAUCUAGCAACUUCCAUGGAUUUCUUGAUAAUAACCAACAUAAGUUCUUACGUGAAGAAAUAUAGAAAUAUGCUCUCUAUUGUUCUCUGGUUUUACCAUAUCUAACUUAUUGUGUGGAGAUAUGGGGAAAUAACUAUAAAAGUACACUCCACUCACUAACUGUGCUACAAAAAAAGGUCAGUUUGGAUAAUAAAAUUUGCUGAUCUGGUAAACCUCCCAACAGCUAAAAUUAUGCAUAAAGCAAACAAUCUGCUACCCAACAAUGUUAUACAAUUCUUCUCAACAAGAGAGGAGAAAUAUUGAUAAACAAUGCACUAAAGUGAGCCAUUUCAAGAAACAGUACAAGCUGUUGAUGUUUACAAAGUACAAGGAAGAAGAGUCCUGAACCACUGUGUACAUACAAUGCUAUGUCUAACCACCCUUGCUAUUACUACUUAUUUCUCAUUUCUUAGGACUACUUGUUUGUGGUCAACAACAAACUAUGGUUCCGUCAACUAUUAACUUUUCAUCACUAUUUAUUAUAUAUGUAUUAUUUACUAUCGAUAUGUUACAUAAGUUAUCAAUAUAUCACAACCUUUUGUAACACCUUGUGAUACUGUCUUAUCAUGGUGUUUCAAUGUGGUUUCUAUUUCAACAUUGGUAAAUGGCACAUGUUGAAUACAGGAAGUGCACAAACAAAUGUAUUAGCAAUUGAUAUGAAACGGAAAGGGAGUAGGAUUAAAUAAGCUUUGCUUCUUCCUUCUACUACUACUACUACAUUUUGCACAUAUGGAACUAUGAAUUGUAACGUGGUGUAUUCCAAUGUAUGCAUGUUGAAAAUAAAAUUAACCCCUUACCUUGCACUGCUCCAACCACUAACCCCCACACCCAGUGAAAACACAUUGCUAUUGGCAAUGAAACUGCCUCACCCGUGUCUAUUCGUUUAGCUCCCUCUAGGGCCAAGAAUGGAAGGUUUGAGUGUAAAGAGAGACUGCAGCGUUCUUGUUGGAUGAAAAGUGGGGGAGGAGAGUUGGGAGGUUUGUGGGAGUGAGGAAUAUGCAGCUUGGACAUUCCUAGCCUGGGAAAUCCAGCAAUGAGUGUGCGGAGAAGGAGCCUGAGUCGCUCUGAGAGGGGAUGAUGUUGAUGAUGGCGGGGUAACAUGGGUGAUUAAAGGUUGAAGGGAACAAAGUGUGACUACGGAGAUGCCGAGAGGAAGUGAGUCCAGGAAGACAGCUGUGGAUUGAGUUUGAUUCCUGUCUCAGUCAUGGCAUCAGAGGCCAUGGAGGACUGCGUGCAGGGGGCGCUCUCGUCUCUUUACCCUCCCUUUGAAAGUACAGCACCUCCUCUCCUCUCACAGGUCUUCUCCGUGCUGGAGUCCACCUACCAGCACGACAGCCUGCGCUACCUCCUGGACUACUUUGUCCCUGCCAAACACCUCCUGCACAAGCUGCAGCAACAUGCCUGUUCUCAGUACCUGGGUUGCCUCUUCCUCCACUCCGGCUGGCCGUUGUGUCUUGGUGAGAAAGUGGUGGUCCAGCUCUCCACACUAGACUGGAGGCUCCUGCGCUGCAAUGACUUCUACCUGCAGGUGGUGCCCUUCUCCACACGCUGUCCCCGCCUUGCCCUGAAAUGUCUGGCCCCGGGGGGCCGCACUGUCCAGGAAAUCCUGGUGCCCGAGUCUCAACACCCCCUUGUGUUCACCAGUGAGUGGCUGCACUGCAUCAACAAAGAACGUGGCCACAAGAGGGAAGUUGGCGGCGGUCUUGACACCUGCUUGGUGAGCACUUGUGAUGGUGUGGUGCGCCUUCCAUGGAAAGAGGUGGUCUACCCCAAAUUCAUCCAUGACCCAUCUGAGGAACCUGGCCUGUCCCAACGACUACCCAGUGAGGGUGGGAGCAGCACUGGGGGGUGGGGUGGCUCUUCUUCCGGGGAGCUCGAUUCCUGGUCCUGGGAUGAGGAGGAAGAGAACGUCUUACCGCCGGAUGGGUUGGACUCAGAGGCUGUAAGGCCCCAGCGGAGGCGCAGUGAAGACGGGCUUGGGAGGACAGUGAGACACCCUGAACUGGAUGGUGACUAUGUGGAGCUGCUGGAGCCAAGAGGGGGGCCAGAUGGAGGUGUAGACCAAAGGCACAGGUACCUGGAGAUGCAUUCAAUAUGCAAAACCAAGACUUUGCCUCUUUGCAAGAGGGGUAGGGCCUUUAAAAUCCGGCGGGGAAAACUUGUGGGGUAUGGACGAAUGGAUGAAUUUGGCAGCUUUCGAGGGAUUUCCGGAACCAAAUUAGACUUAACCACCCGCAAGGAGCAUGUAGGACUGCCUCUGCCUCCACCAGGAAACACAGAAGCAAGACGGUCUUACUCCUCGUCUGCCCAGGAUGACGAUGAUGACGGUGAUAAAACAAAAAGAGACACUGAGGGAAGAUUUGAUGGCCCAUUUAGAGAGAGACGGCCUGGAGUUGGUGGCGAGCGAGAGAUGAAUGAGAUUACGCAGCCAUGCAAAGAAUUCCUUGACUCUGUUAACCCCAAAGUCGGACAUGUUAUAGAGGGAUGCUCGGACCAGGGCUCCCAUUCAGACUCUGUGUUUGAGGAUACAGAUAAACCACUUGGUGGAGAUAGCGAUGCGGCAACGCCAACAUCGGAUGCACCAGAUUUAUCAUUCACUGGAUUUGCAUCCUGUACCAUCACAGCUAAUGCUAACAAAGCACAGAAAACAAGGGAUGAAAGUAAAAAGAAUAAAGAGUCUUCAAAAGGAAAGGAAGUCAAAGCUUCAGGAUUCAGAGCUCCAAGGAGGAAGAGGAGAGGAAGGGGCGCCAAGGGACGGGCUAGGUCUGGUGGCCGUGCUGCUCAGAAGGGCUCCAAACUACAGGGAAAAGCUACCCCUCAUCCCAGCUUCACCUCCACCUGCUGUGGCUCAACCCACCAGCCUGUAACAGAGGAAUGCCUUUCGGAACCAUUGGGACACGCUAUAACAUCUGACGGAGAAUGCAUUUUGGCUAAUGUUGGCUCGGAGAACAGCAGUGCAGUGGCUGCAUCUCCAUCUUUGCCUGUUUGCAAAGGCCAGUCAGCCACCUUCAACCACUCCAAUGGCGAGGGGGCCUCAGGCAACAAACUCAACGGUGUCGCGUGUGAGGAGCAUCCUUUGCUUCGGGAACUGGAUGCAGAGCUCCUGGAGUCAGGACGGCUGAGGAUGAUGGGUACGGUGGACAGGUUGGGACGUGCGCUCAUCAUUGCAGAGACGGAUACGUCCAGGCAGGAUUCCAACAACGAGGAGAUGGCCCGGAUCCUGGCUUGCUACCACAGGAUAACGCGGCCUGAAGCCAAAGAAAAAGGUGUGACGGUGUUGAUGGAUAGCAGACGCCUGCUGCCAACUUCGCACUCUCUCUCUGCAAUAAGAUUAUUCCAGCGGCUGGUUCCUGAUGGUCUCGGUUCUUUGCUGAUUUUGGUGGAGGAAGAGCAGGAGACUGUAUCUUACAACCUGGAGGGAACAGAGGUCCACGUGGUGCGAGGAACGGGGGUCCUUCAGCAGUUUGUAGACAGGCAACAGCUGCCCACAGAGAUGGGGGGGGACUUCAGCCACUGCCACUCAGACUGGCUGUCCUUUAGACUGAGCUUGGAAAGCCUCACUGAGCGCUGCGAGAGCGCCCUCCUCCUGCUCGGAGAUGCACUGCAGUCAAUGGACACCGAGCCAAUGCUGACCAACAUCAAGGAUGUUCCUGCAAGCAUUGACAAGCACCGCCGCCUCAUGACAAGCGUUCUUGCUGAUCAGCACUUGACUGAGCUACAGAAAAAGGGCGGGGCCUGGCUGGCAGGAUUGACCAAUAGCGCAACUGGUCUUGCAAGAAAGUCGCCAGAUUGCAGGGCAGCGCUCGCGGCAACCUCCAAACUGUACGACAGCGUGGACGACGCUCUCCAUCGACUGGUGCAACUGUCCAACCAGAGGGGUCACAAACUGGACGCGCUGGGACGACUCGCCAGCCUGGUGGAUCAGCUGAAAAAGUGUGACCAGGAGAUUGAGCAAGUCCAGGCGCAGCUGGACGACUACAAGGAGCCUCCUCUUUCUCUCAGCAGGCUUUCGCUCAAGCAGCAGAAGUUCAAAACGUUCCGGGAAACAGCAAACGAGCUGCACAGUCGGACGUUGUCAGUGCUCAGUGAAUUGGAGACUUGGUCUGAGUUGGACUGGGUCGGCCUGAAUGACAUCCAGAUCCAACUUCCUCCGGUCAGGGAACGUCUGCGAGACAUGUCCCACUGUCUGUCCGACUGCUGGACCACGUUGGACAACACGCAGAGGCUGCUCUCCACUCUGACGGAGGCCACCCAGUGGUGCGAUGAAGUGUCCUCCACCUCCCCGUCUUCCUCCUCUCCCCUCUGCCCUCUGGCUUCCCUCCCUCCCAUUCCGCCGUCCCGCUUCCAGGAUGCCCAGUCGUUGGCCAUCGAGCUGGGUGGGGGGGCACUGCUGGAUCUCUGGACCCAGACGAUGGAGCGCUACCAGCGGACUGUAGCGCAAGUGAAACCACGCUUCCUCCAGUCUGAGCGAGCCCAAAAUCAUGGCCAGGUUAAGCCCAAGCCACCCACAGCAAGCCACCUGUGGGAUGUGUUGGGCCCAGAGGGAGAGGGGGACUGGGGACUGGGAGCUGGAGGAGGAGAGGUUGGUUUGCAGUCCUGGGGAUCGCUGGCAUCUCUAUUUAGGCCGCAGACUUGCUCUACACUGAAGAUUGGAGAUGAGAGAGGAAACAAAAAAGAGCCAGCAGGAGGGAAAUUCCUACAGAAUCUUCUAAAUCCAGCAAAGAAGAGUCCUACAGAAGUACCCCUUCCUCCCAAGCCCCCGAGGAAAAGACACCCCAGUUUUGACCUUCAGGCCCUCCUGGCCCCUCGCAGAGGUGCCACCACUCCAAAACCUGCCGAUUGCCAGACAGGUGGCGCGGUCCGUACCUCCCCCAUGUCUUGGCUGGGGCGACGGGCACUAGCGGACCCGGUCAUUAUCACCAGCAUGGCCACAGCCAUGCCAGGAUGGGGUGGCACCGCUGGAGCAGGAGGUGGGGUGUUGAUCAGAGGAGUGGAGGUCAGCAGCAAGGAGGUGGUGGACCACACUGGGUCUCCACGGCAACAUGUCCUGUUGGGCAGGACUGACAGGGAAAUGGGGACUGAACGGGCAGGAUCGACGGCCCAGAGCAAGCUUUACCUGCUCUGGUGCAGGAUGCUGAGCAGCGAGCGACAGUACAUGGCCGUCCUCAGGGGGGUAGAGGAGACCUACCUUCCCCUGCUGGAUCUCUCAGACACGCCGGCCUCCAUCAAGGGGAAAGCGGAUGUCCUCUUCCCCAACUGGGCCGGCCUGAGCAGCUUUCACUCGCAGUACCUGCUCCCCGCCAUGGAGGACGCUCUCGUGCAAAGCUUGUUGCAACAGGACUGUUUCAAUAAAUAUCGGGAGCAGUUUCUGCAGUAUUCCCAGUACAUCCGGACCAAACCUGAACUGGACUCCACGCUGGUCACACAAGCUGCUGACUUUUUUAAAUCCAAACUCCCUGCCGCCUCCCCCCUCUCGCCUCUGUCCUUCCCUCACUGCUUGCAGGCCCCCACUCAAAGACUGGAGCAGUACUGCGAGGCCCUCGAGGAGCUGGGAGGUAUCAACCCGGCCUCAGACUCAGCCCUUUCUAUCCUGAGGCAUGCCCAACGGCACGGCGAGGACCUCAGGGCCAGUGACCUCAUCGUCGGGUGUCCAAUUACCAUAGCAGAGCGCGGCGAAUUGGUGCGUCAGGGUGAGCUGAUGGUGUGUGGCGGCACCCGCAGGAAGCGCGUUGGCGUGAGGAGGGUCUUCCUGUACCAGCAUGCAAUCAUCUUCACCAAACACAAGAGCGCCGGGCCGGGACGCUGCGCCUACAGCUACAAACACUGCAUGAAGACGGCAGACAUGGGCCUGACGCAGAGUGUGGGCGAGGAGGGCGUCAAGUUUGAAGUUUGGGUACGACAGGCUCCCCGCCUUCGGGACUGCGUCACACUGCAGGCUCGGGACGGAGAUGAGCGCAAGAUGUGGACCCAGGACAUCGCUCACCUGGUGUGGACGCAUGCCAUCAACAACACAGAGUUGUGUCUGAAGGAGUCACUGUGUGUGGGCGUGUCUAGCAAGCUGCUGCUGGAUGCCAGCGGAAGUCAAACAUCGCCAGAGUUGGACUCUGCCUGCAGCCUCAGUGACAGAGUGCACAGCAGCUGCUCCGACUCCUCCUCCAUCGGGAGCCACAAGGAAGGGGGGUCCCCGGGGUCAGGGAGAGACCCCAGGAGGAGCUCUGGAUCGACAGGCUGCUCUCAGAGUCAGUCACCCUCUACUGCAGUGUAGCUGUAAAUACACGAUGAGUAAGUACUGGAACUGGUACUUUGGUUACUUACUCAAGUGGCAGCUGGGGAGAAAAAGCAUUAAAUGUCAAGAACAAAUGUUUACAUGUUACAUUCCCUCCGAAAGUGGACACACAAGCUAAACUGGACUGAAAGGAAAACCUUUUUGCAACUCAGAAGUUCCCCCCCUUGCUGUCUGUGGUCUAUGAUAUGAAGAAAAGCUACAUCUCGCCUAUUAAAGCGUGACAAGUGCCAGCGGUGUCUCGGCGGGCCGCCAUCUUGGAUAUGCCAAUCUGCAUGGCUGGCAGAGUCAAUGACACCAACUUGAUUCGCACAAAGCGGCCAUUGUGUGACCCGCUGCGCCCCCACCAGGCCAAACAAACCACUCACUCUGAACUGCCUGCAUCACAUGACCCAGGCAUCUGACAGUAAACAGGAAGCGGUGUGCAGCGCCAUCCAUCCAUACCUUAAGGUCACGCCGAGUGACUGUCCAGGUGUAACUGUAUACACAUGCACUCAUUUGCCUUGUCAUGAGACGUAUGAUGUAAAGUGACCUGAUGUAAUAGUAUGUUCAUAUAUUCUGCAUGCCAAAGGCAAGUACAUUUUGUGUAUGUGCCUCCAUGUGAUGGAGACUUUGUUUAAUAUUAUUUUAGAUGUAACUGCAUAGAUUGUCUCCUUCAGGAUGCUUCAUUCUUGUACGGCAUUGCAAGCCACUUUACUCGGUUUACAGGACGGAACGUUGGAGCAAUCAUCUCCUUGUUUAAUAAAAACUGGACGCAA